UAGAUGAUAAAGAAAAUUAAAUUAGGGUGAACGUAAAAAAAAAAAAGCAGUUAUGAAACAUUAUUUUAGAAUUUGAAAUUUUCUUCUCAGAUCUACAUUUAUAUCUUCUCAUGGAACGGAAGCUUGUGGUUUUGGGAAUCCCGUGGGAUAUUGAUUCCGAUGGGCUUAAGGAUUACAUGUCAAAAUUUGGAGAUUUGGAGGAUUGUAUUGUCAUGAAGGAUCGAUCAACUGGAAGAUCUCGUGGAUUUGGAUAUGUCACUUUUGCUUCAGCUGAAGAUGCAAAGAAUGCUUUGAAAGGUGAACACUUUUUAGGGAACAGGAUCUUGGAAGUAAAAGUGGCUACACCAAAGGAAGAGAUGAGACAGCCUGCAAAAAAGGUGACGAGGAUCUUCGUUGCUCGAAUCCCUUCAUCAGUCUCUGAAUCAGAUUUCCGAAGCCAUUUUGAGAGGUAUGGGGAAAUAACCGACUUAUACAUGCCUAAGGACCACAACUCGAAGCAACACCGAGGAAUUGGAUUUAUAACAUUCUCUAGUGCUGAUUCAGUGGAGGAUCUGAUGGAGGACACUCAUGAUCUGGGAGGUACAACAGUUGCUGUUGAUCGGGCAACACCAAAAGAGGAUGAUCAUCCACCUAGGCCACCGCCAGUGGCUAGAAUGUCUCGCCCACCCGUGGCUGUUGCAGGUGGUGGAUUUGGAGCUCCAGGUGGUUAUGGAGCUUAUGAUGCUUACAUUUCUGCAGCUACAAGAUACGCAGCGCUUGGUGCUCCUACUUUGUAUGAUAAUCCUGCCAUGUUUUAUGGAAGAGGGGAACCAACCACAAGGGGAAUAGGAAACAAGAUCUUUGUUGGAAGGCUUCCUCAAGAAGCAUCUGUUGAUGAUCUUCGCGAGUAUUUUGGGAGAUUUGGCCGUAUUCAAGAUGCUUAUAUUCCAAAGGACCCAAAGAGAAGUGGACAUAGAGGUUUUGGAUUUGUUACCUUUGCUGAAAAUGGUGUUGCAGAUCGUGUAGCCCGAAGAUCUCAUGAAAUCUGUGGACAAGAGGUAGCAAUAGAUUCAGCAACACCUCUUGAUGAAGCUGGACCUAGCGCUAGCGGAAGUUCCGUGUUAAGUUCUUCUCGUCCUGAAUAUUUUGGUGGCUAUGGAGGUCCAAUGCGCACAUUUGGUCGAAUGUAUGGAGGCAUGAGCUUGGACGAUUGGGGAUAUGGAAUGCCAAACGCAAGACCAUCAAGAUCAGACUGGAGGUACCGGCCAUACUAAUGUACCAGACCAACAUUCCAUUAGCUUUGGCUUUGUCAGAUAGAUUUCAAAAUCCUCAGGAUCUAAUUUGUUGAAGCUUUUGUUUAUGUUUUACCUUGGAACCAGUGAACCUACUUUGUGAUGGUGUAUUAUGCAGACAAGUAAAAGUUUGAACAAAGA